AUGAAAUUUUAUCUGAAUCAAUUUACUAAAAACUCUUCUUUAUGCCAUUGUAAAUUAUCUUCAAAUUCAAAUAAAGAUGACUCAAUUGAUAUGAAUUUAUAUAAUGAUGAAAAUAUUCAAAAAUACAUUGAAAAUAAAGAUUCGAAAUUAGGUGAAGAUAUAUUAUUUCUCGAUAGUGUUAAUGAAAGAUUUUUUAUGGAUAUUUCUAAUAAAUCAAUAACAUCUCCACAAAUUGAUAAUGAAACUGAUUUUAAUGAAUUAUUUUCAUUAGAAGAUUUUCCUAACGAUAUUUUUAUGAAUACUAAUCAAUGUCAAUCUUCAAAUUAUGAAGAAAUAUUAAAUAUGAUUGACACACCAUCAUCAUCUAAUCAACAAUCAAUAAAUGAACAAAUCUAUUUAAAAAAUAAUAGAUUAUCCGUAAAGAAAAUCUUACAUUUAUCGAAUUCAAAUAAACAAAUAACAAGAAACGAUCUUCGAUCUUAUUUUAUUAGUUCAACAAAAACUAUUUUAAAACCAAGUCGAGUACCACCAUAUCUUAAUUAUGCAUUUAUAUUUCAUCGUACAUUUAAAUCUUCAAGGUGA